ACGAGUCAUGCAACAAACCAACAAGUGAAUUAAAUGAUGAUGAUGAUAAAACUGGUAAUGUGAUUUUUGGCACGGAUAUCUUGAAAAGGUAAUGCCUAACAUUCCAGGAUGUACCCAUAUUAAUUGAAUUUAAAUAUAUGUAUCUUAAAGGGCAAAAAUAACAAGGUCAGAAACACAAAACGAUAAUUUUUGAAUUUUUUUUUUACAUUCGAAUUCUAUGUCAACAGUGACGAAGCGAUGACGGUAGAAAUAGAAGUGUCACAAAUGUGAUUUUUUUUUAAAUUUUAAUUUUGAAAACAAAAUCAAAUCAAACAAAAAAAAUGCUACAACGAAUACAGAUUAAUGUUUCAAGAUUAAAUUUUAAAUUAUGUAAAACUUUGGUCAAUCAAUUUUCAACAAAUAAAUCUAGUCCACAAUUUAAUGAAUUAUUUAUGAAUGAAUUCAAUGUUGAUGAACAAUUCUUUCGAAAUGUACAGAAUCAGCAAAGAAUUAUGGAAAAUAUUCGUGCCAGAGAAAUUGUUGAUAAUUUCAGUGAAUUAUUCGAAAACAAUCUGAAUGCCGAACAAUUGGGCGAUCGAUUGAUUAAAUUAAGUCGAACAUUACCUAAUGAUUUCCAUCCAAUUUGGAAUGAUCGUCAACAUCAAACAACGAUCGUUGAUCAUAUUGGUCAGAAACGAAAUUUCAAUUUUAAACCAUUAAAAGCUGAAGAUAUCCUUUUCGACAUGAAAUUGGCCGGAUUUUCAUCAAUGACACGUGGUAAACUUGGUAUGGUUGGUGGACCAAGAUCUUAUAUGUUUGUUGAACAGUUAGCUGAAUUAUCACUAGCAUUGGCCCGAUGGACAAUGACUAAAUUGAUUAAUGAAUAUGGAUUUACAUCUGUGAUCACACCUAAUCUUAUUUAUGCUGAUUUUGUUCGUGCAUGUGGAUUUGAACCAUUCGGUGAACGAACACAAGUUUAUACGAUGGAAGGACGACAAAAUGUUUGUUUAGCCGGCACAGCUGAAAUGCCAUUAGCAUCGAUGAAUUUGGGUGAAAAUUUUGCCACCGAAAAUGAUCUACCUAAACGUUAUUGUGCGCUUAGUCGAUGUUAUCGUGCUGAAGCUAAAUCAUCUGGUGAAAUGUCUGGCUUGUAUCGAGUUCAUUAUUUCGAUAAAGUCGAAAUGUUUGCUUUGACACAGGCAAAUGAUUCUGACCGAAUGUUGAAUGAAUUUGUUGAGAUUGAAAAAUCUUUAUUCAAAGAACUUGGAUUAUAUUUUCGUGUUGUUGAUAUGCCACCAAAUGAAUUGGGACCAGCAGCAUAUCGUAAAUUUGAUAUUGAAGCCUAUAUGAAUGGUCGUGAUUUUUGGGGUGAAAUAUCUUCAGCUUCAAAUUGUACUGAUUAUCAAUCAAAACGAUUGAAUAUAACAUAUCAGAAAUAUUAUCUAGAUCCAAUAAGUGAAGCAAUCACUGAAGUGAGAAAAAAUUAUGUACAUACUGUCAAUGGUACGGCCUGUGCUAUACCACGAAUUAUCAUUGCCAUGAUUGAACAAAAUCAAAAUGAAAAACAAGAUUAUUUUCAAAUUCCAGAAUGUUUAAAACCAUAUAUGAAAAAUGAUCGAAUCAAAACAAUGGAAAUAAAAUGAAAUUCUGACGAUCUAUCGAGUAAUUUCGAAAAAUUCAAA